CUAAGGGCAUCAUGGUAAAGCUCGCCGCUGCCAUAUCCAUCCAUAUGCUUGCAGCACCACUGGCUAUUAGGGUAUCUCUUGCGCCAGCAUCGCCGGCCAUCAUUGCCCCACAUAGAAAGGCGAAGCUUCCUCUGUUCUGUGAAAUAUGUGCAGACGCAGGUUGCUAAAGACGCAGUCAGAGCAAGGGAAGGCCCCACAUUGAUGGACCCUUCGCUGCGAUUCGCUGGCUCCUUUGGCCGGGAGUUCACAAAAGCAGGCACUAGGGCGAUUGCUGGGAGUUUUCUGGCACGUGGACUUUAUCUCCAUGACUUAUUUUUGUGCUCUUUGACCCACCCAAUUUGUUGCAAAUGCAAUGUUCUCUGGAGAACAGCACAGCGGGAAAGGCAGCGGCUCCGACGACAUUCACGCUGUGCGUCACACGUCCUGACGGAGGGGCACAGGUAGGCUCGGCAACCAGCAUCACGGAGCUGUGCGUCGAAGGAGGCGACGGGUUUGCGCAGGCAGUCGAGCAGGCCCUCGACGAACGAGCGGACAGCGCAGGCAGCGUCUGGCUUGAUGUCUCGUCGCCAUCAGCUGCAGACAUCAUCUGCCUGGCACAGAUAUUUGAUAUGGACAGCACGACAACAAGCGACCUGCUUAGCGGAGCUGGCAGCGGGAACAAUGCCGCAACGUCUCAGCAAAAUGGGCCAUGGCCAGCAUGCCAGGUCACUAGCCGUGCCUUGUACCUGUGCUGGCAGGAGACAAUCGCCACUGAGGCUGGCCUGGGGCAGUACCUUGUCAAGGGCACGGUUCCAGGGCAGAUCGACACAGCGCUGGAGGGUCAUGGGCACGGGUCGUGGUGGGCGGCCGAUCUAGUGCCCGUGCCACAAUGGCUUAUGCCGAGUGCGUCAAAGGCCGUGAGCGGCUAUCACAUGAGCACUGUCGUCAAGAUGAUGGUUGAUGGCUCUGUGGGCGCGUCGGAUGCCGAGGUCGAGCGGAUGCGGCAGCAGUACGUGCAGCAGCUGCUUGGAUUGCUGGACAGACCGCGCAGACGGGACACAUCUGGCUUGCUGAGCGCAAUCCGCCGCUGGGGCACCCGGUAUGAGCGAUGGGCGGGACUGCUGGGCAGAUCCAGGGCAGACCUAGGAGGACAGUCAGGCCGAUCCUCUGAUUUUGUAGGCGACAUACUUGGCGUGACACAGGCGCUUGUUGGUCGCGGCACCGUGCAGGUGUGGGUGCAGGGCCCGAUCGUCCUGACCUUCCACCGCGAGCCGUCGCAGGCGAUCAGCGAUAUUCAGAGAGAGCUAGGCGGAGAUUGCACGGCCUGUCAGCCCCGACAGUAUUCUGCACGGCCUUAUUGAGCACUGGGCGCACGCGACCAGCGAAUGUCUGCCUGUGCUGGAGCGCUUAGCGGACAAACUCGACCACGACUUGACGCGGCCGGUCGAGGGC